ACGAAAUACUGCAGCCAUUUUGCAGCAAUUUCAGGACAGUAGGACUGGGCCAGCAGUUUCCGUACAGUGCAACAGCUCAGAGAGAAAUAUUGCAGAAUUAUGGCGGAGACAACAACGAGACAUAUUACCAUUCAGAAAGGUCAAAAGUUUCCUCAGUUGGAGAAAUGCACAAAAUGCUGCCACAAUUUUCACUGUCUCCUUUGUAUGGCCAGUAUAUUUAAGCCCUGCAAAGUCAACAAAGUCAAGUUGCACUUGCAAUGCCACCUUAACAAAGCAGUUGUCCAUGGAGAUUUCACUAUUCACAGAUGUGGACUGGGCUGUAGAGCAUCACUCCAUUACCACUGUAUGUACUGUCCAACAACAAUUCUUAGGAGAGAUGAUUUUAAAAAUCAUUUACAAUUCUGUAUGCAUAAUCCAAACUCAGAAUCAGCCACAAAAACCAGUACGCCAGUGACCGCUCCAACAGUUAUCAAACACACCAUCAAUCAUCGAUACAGCACAGUUUCUUCAGUCACAUACACACCGUCAACCUCCAGUACAGAUAUGAGUGCAUUGACAAUCACAGACACUCCUUCACCCACCGUGACAGGAAAAUUUCGCGUACGGCCUGUUAUUAAAAAAAAUUGUCCAUCGUGCAAUGUGGUCAUCAAUAAAAACAACCUAGUAAAACACAUGGAGCGCAAACACGCAGAUCAGUCUGAAUUAGACAUUGGUGAGACAUUUCAGCUUACAAGCCAAUGUAUAGAUGAGAUAAGUGGGAUAUUCGUGGUUCUCAAAGUCGUGAAAGGCCACAGCGUCCCACUUCACGUACAAUGCCAGACAUUGGGGCGAAAACAGCAGAGUCCUCUGCGAAUCGAAAGAAUGCCGGAUUAACAUAGAUGUCGCGCUGAGGAGCGGCAUCACAUCGUACCAGUGCAUGCAUAUCAGUGCAGCGAGCUUUUGCAAGUCUUUGGUUGAACAAGUCUCGCUGGAGGAAGACGUUUUAACAGAGAUGGUCAGAGGAAAAUGGUUCAGCAAGAAAAAGAAAAAAGAAUGCCUUGCUCUGCAGCAGCUUGCCAAUAGUAGCUGCGUACCGCUUUCUGUUCACACCUCGAUUGGGAUCUCAUCGCAAAAAAGGUUCAUUUCUGUUUUUGAGCCCAAUGUGACGACUUAUAGCCGUUUAGGUCGUGUCAUGGUUGUUUAUAAUACAAAACUGGACACUUGGCACUGUCCUUGCACCAAACUGCGAUGUUUAUGUCUGCACAAAUAUGUCGCCAAAUGGCAUUUGUUUCAAACGCAACGUGAGAUUUUCAGGACUGACGGAUCGCCUUAUAGGCUGCAUUCAGAAGAGGAGGACAUCACUGAAAACAGUCAUGUGUAUCCCCCGAAAGGUCUGGGACUGGAGUAUAUUGUGAAUUACAUUCUUCAGAACAAGAAGAUACCUGCUGUUCUUCCAGAAGAUAUGCGCGUACCAUCUCCACUCAAGGAUUACCCACAAAACCUUUAUCCAAAUGAAACUAUAUGUCAGGAAUGUCCAGAGAAUGUGCUCCUCAGCGAUCCUGUGCUAAUUACACAGAAUGCCAAAAUACUGACCAAUUGGUGCAUUAUUAAAGGUAAUGUAGAUAAUAUUGUCCGUAUGCUUGUGUGAUAUUCGGCUACAGUGUUUUGUGAUGUUUAUUUGUUAGAUGUUUUAUCGUUACCAAGAGUGGAAAGAUCGCCUCCAUAACUUCAAUGAUCACAUCAUCCUUGACAUAUCUUUAUGUUUAACCCUGAGAAACCUUCUGCAGGUCCAUACAUCAGUGAACAGAGCUGUUGAGUUUUUACAACUUACGACAGGAAUAGAGUUUCCUCCUCCAGAAACUAUACUGCAUGCAUAUUUGCAGUUUGAAGCCCUCACAGAUCACGAAUAUAAGUACUCAUGCCCCACCUGUGGCGAUUAUCCUCCAGUGGUGAUCAUGGGUGUACACAAACAGACUGCUUCUCCAUUAUCAGGAAAUGACAUAGAAAAACCUCCAGGGAAUUUUAAAGGGGAGGUCAAUCUGGAAGAGUUCUGGGAGUCACUGUCCAAAGAGAUGAUCAGUCGAGGAUUUGUUGCAAAUGGCAGACACGAUCUUUUUGCAGUACCACCAAGUUAUCAUUUUUGGGCUCCUUGGAUAGGCAAAAACACACGGCAUUCAGACACUGUGCUAAACACAGAGUUUGAGAAAGUUACAGAAGAAAGACUCAGAGAAGAGCUUUUCAAACAGAAGGAUGAUGUUAUUCAAAGUUUAUGCCAUGAAUGUGCUGUGGAAUCUACUGGGUCUCGCAGCGAUCUCCUUCUUAGAUUGUCUGAUGAAAUGAAAUCCAGGAGUGCCACUGGAGGCUGGGGAGUCAUUAUGUGCCCCUGUGGAAUUGUUUACAGUCUAAAGUGCAGUUUUCAAGCUGAGAGCCAUCGAGAUUUUGCUGAUUUGUUGCUAUCGUAGCAUCAUAUGCCUAAUAUCAUCAUUUAUGACUUUGGACAGGCUCUUUCUAAACACACCAAUCUAAGGGCAUCAGAAAAGCUACCCAUCUCUCCGUUUGAAGGACGCCUGGCUGAACCCACUCAAGCUAACAUAGAACUGGCCAAGUGUGGACACCUGAAAGUGUCCCUGCCCUGGCUAGAUGAAGAAACGAGAGGGACAGAUCCUCACGGACACCCGGUGACGGGUUCAUCUGACCACUACGUACUUUGUUACCAUUUUCAUGAAGGCAGCACAGAAGAUGAAGAUGUUCUGAGGAAGCUCACCCUCGUGCCUCAGCUGGCCGACAAAGUCAAUAGUGAGAUUACAGAGCAACUCUUUGCUCAAAUGAAGAAAAACGACUACUUUUUGGAUAUGUCUUUGCCAUCAACACAUCUGUUUCUAAUGAG